UGUGGCCCCCAGCCCAUGCUGCAGCAGCCACCAUCUGCAUCUUCCUUGCUUGGAACCACCAUCCGCCUCUCCUGCGCCCUGAGCAGCAACCAUAACAUCAACAUUUAUAGCAUUUACUGGUAUCAGCAGAAGCCAGGCCACCCUCCCAGGUUCCUGCUGAGAUAUUUCUCACGCUCAGACAAGCACUGGGGUACCAAGAUACCCCAUCGCUUCUCCGGAUCCAAAGACGUGGUCCGGAACCUGGGAUAUCUGAGCAUCUCUGAACUGCAGCCUGAGGAUGAGGCUGUGUAUUUCUGCGCCAUGGGGCUCCGGAGCCAGGAAAAGGAGAACUGGAUGGAGAGGGAGAGAGGAGGAGAAAAGUAGUUUACAGAUUCUGGAUCCCUGCCUCUGGAGACAUUCACACCCUGAACUGAAGAGCAGUUUGCUUUGCCCAGCUAGGCUGGCACAGGGAGGAGGGGGAGAGCACCGGCCUCCGCAGAGCCAAGAAGAUGGAGCCAUUCAGCUUUCCUUGUCCUGCAGGGUUGCCGUGAGCCCCACUGGAAGCGGGAUUAUAGAAUUAAAGUUGCU